AUGCUAUAUCUCAACAGGAGCCUUUUUCACCCAGCCACAUUUUUCCUCAUUGGAAUCCCAGGUCUGGAAGAAGUCCAUGCAUGGAUCUCUCUGCCUUUCUGCUCUGUUUACCUUGUGGCUUUACUGGGCAAUGCCACAAUCCUGCUAGUCAUCAAGGCUGAGCAGACCCUUCGGGAGCCCAUGUUCUACUUUCUGGCCAUCCUUUCAACAAUUGAUUUGGCCCUUUCUACAACCUCCACACCUCGUAUGCUGGGUAUCUUCUGGUUUGAUGCACACGAGAUUAACUUUGGAGCUUGUGUGGCUCAGAUGUUUCUGAUCCAUGCCUUCACUGGCAUGGAGGCUGAGGUCUUACUGGCUAUGGCCUUUGACCGUUAUGUGGCAAUUUGUGCUCCACUCCAUUAUACAACCAUCCUGACAUCCCGGGUGCUGGUGGGUAUCAGUAUGUGCAUAUUAAUUCGUCCAGUCCUGCUUACACUUCCCAUGAUCUAUCUCAUCUACCGCCUACCUUUUUGUCAGGCUCGGAUAAUAGCUCAUUCCUACUGUGAGCAUAUGGGCAUUGCAAAGUUGUCCUGUGGAAAUAUUCGAAUCAAUGCUAUCUAUGGGCUCUUUGUUGUUUCCUUUUUUGUCUUGAACUUGGUCCUUAUUGGUAUCUCCUACGUUUACAUUCUUCGUGCUGUCUUCCGCCUCCCAUCCCAGGAUGCACGGCUAAAAGCCCUAAGCACGUGUGGUUCUCAUGUUGGAGUCAUCUGUGUUUUCUAUAUUCCCUCAGUCUUCUCUUUCCUCACCCACCGAUUUGGACACAACAUACCUCGCUAUAUUCACAUUCUUGUUGCCAAUCUCUAUUUGGUUAUCCCACCCUCGCUCAACCCCAUCAUUUAUGGUGUGAGAACAAAACAGAUACGAGAGAGAGUUCUCUGUGUCUUUAUUAAAAAAUAA